UUUGAACGCCCCUAUUUCAUUCAACUGAUUCAAGUUCUGCGAUACUUGCAUGAGUAUUGAGUACAAGACCAACAUAAUCAAAUGUUCAAUAACAGCUAUGAAAAAGAAAGUAAUUUUAUCCUUUUUUUUCGUCUGCUGAACAAAAAAAUGUCAUAUAAUUAUACUACUAAAUGGAACAAUUGGAUUGAGGAANAAUAUAAAGACUUUUAUAACUUUGAAGGAAUUGGCUCCGGAGGCUUCGGAAAGGUUUAUCGUGCAAACUGGAAAGAUUCUCAUAAUAUUUAUGCGUUAAAAUCUCUCAAAGACUCCGAAGCAAAAAAAUUUGUUGAAGAGCUUAAAAUUCAGCGUAAAGUAAAUGUUCAUGACAAUAUUAUAAGAUUUUAUGGCAUUACAAGAGGUAUAGAAAUUUUAGUAUUAUUUAUUUUUUAUGAAAAUCUAACUUAAGAUCAAAAUUACUAUAUGUUGGUAAUGGAAUAUGCCGAUGGUGGUACUUUUCGAGAGUAUUUAAGAAAAAAUUCUAGAAAUCUCACUUGGAAUAAUAAAUUCAAAAUGGCAUGUCAAUUAGCUAGCGCUGUAUCAUGUUUACAUAAUUUGGGAAUUAUUCAUCGUGAUUUGCACUCCAACAACGUAUUGGUCCAUGGAAAUAACGUCAAAUUGGCUGAUUUUGGGUUGUCAAAAAAGACUGAUGAAUCAGUUAUAUCA